AUGCUUCUCUCUCGGGCAGUUCCUAGGCGCACCGGCCUCGUCCGGCUGCCGGGCGUACGCCAGAUCACACCUCGCCGCACGAUGAUUCCGGCCCCCGGCCCGAACACGGGGCCACUGACGGAGCGCCGAGCAGACCGCGAGCUGCCCAAUAUCACCACCAGCCGAGGGUGGCUGAAGACCCUCCCAAUCUUCGUGGUGGUGGUUGGAGCUGCCAUGCUGGGCAUUUUCAACUACCAAAAGUCGUCGUCGAGUGUGGUCAGUAGCACACUGUACGCACUGCGCACGUCACCGCGGGCCCGUGAAAUCUUGGGCGACGAGAUCUACUUUGCGCAGCAGAUCCCGUGGAUCAGUGGCGAGAUGAACCAGCUGCAUGGGCGUAUUAAUAUCUCGUUCUGGGUGAAAGGCACCAAGGCCCAGGGCAAGAUGCGCUUUCGGAGUAUCCGACCGAGUCGGACGAGUUACUUCCGCACUGAAGAAUGGAGCCUGGAGACUGAGGAUGGAACAGUAGUGCAGCUGCUGGAUAGCGACAUUGAUCCUUUUCGGCAAGAGUAA